AUGUCUAAAGCGUCGUCUCUAGGCGCGAUCCAAGGUCAAUCUCAAAGACGUAAGCCCUUACAGCAAAUUGGUCCAGUCAUGUCGGCCGCACUCAAUGACGGCGGAUUGAAAGAGCUAUGGAACGAUGAUGAAGAUUCGUUUGAAGUGCAGGUGCCCGACUUUCAUUUCGAUUGGGAAUUAGAAAAGGGCAACAAGGGUAUAGGUCAGGCGAGCGAAAACGAACCACCAGUAUCUCGAUUCUCCUCCUUGUCAUUGGGAAAGAUCAACAGCAGACCCAACUCGUUGUCGCCCCCUCCAGCUGGUAUAUUAUCAUCGUCAUCGACCAACACAAGAACUACUCCCCCUCCUCGAAACAUACAUUCGGCCAGAUCUUCCCUUUCUUCGGUACAGGUCGCUUCCUUGACUGAUGCUUCGACUGCGACUGGAUCGCCACUCAUACCUACACCACCCGGCAGCGGUUUCUCUUCUGGAACACGAUCUUCGUCAUCUCAUCAUUUGGAUUCAGGAGGUAGUGGAAGUGGAAGUGGUAGUUCGAGCAGGAUAUAUGGAGGAUCACGGAGAUUCCAGCGUGUGGUGUCAGCUCCGGUCACAAGGCAGAAGUAUGAGGGGGAUGAUAAUGAGAUGCUCACUAUAGAGGAAUCUUCAAAUCUCUCAUCAAGCACGACUUCACAUACCGCAACGAUGCGUCCCGUCUUGACUCACACUUCCUCUUCAUCCUCUAUACCUCUUGAAUCCUCUUCUUCUGCAACCCUGACAUCGACGUCCACUUACAUGACUCCCGGUAUCACCGAAAGAACUCUGACAUCCACUGCGCGAUCAACGGGAAGAAGGCUUGGAGGUCUAUCCAAGUUUGGUGGACCUGCAAGGCGUGUGAUACCCGCUCUAGAACCAGGAGACAUUCAGGAAGAAGCUGAAAGGGGUAGUCCUGUAUUACUUGAAUCACCUCCCCGUAAUGAACCUUUGCCUCUCCAAGAACCAGACUCCGCCCUACCAUCUCAUCAACAAUCCUCGAGCACAGGCAGUACCCACUUUGCGCAUCUUCCUCCCCGCAACCAGUAUCAUGGCUCUCCUGUAAUCCAGCAAUCGAAAUCACCGGUAAUACCAGAAGAAGACAUGUUCAUCUCACAACGCUCUCAGGAACCAUUUCAGGGCCGCCUAGAACAGCUGCAUCGCUCUUCUGAACGUCGGAGUAGUUUACAGUCAACAAAUCCUAAUAUUCCAGAUGAGGAGGAUCGACCAUUUAGACCGUUCAAUUCACAGGUAGAUAGGGGAAAUGGUCGCAGCACGGAAAUGCCCAACUACUCGCAACCACAGCAGUCGCAAUAUGACCCUUCUUAUCGGGAUGAUGUGGGAAUAUCAGCUUACCCACAGCCCAUACGCAAAUCCCCGCCUGCUCCGGAUAGAUACAGCCCUCAACCUCAACCUCAACCUCUCCGUGCUGUUCGACCUGCCCCGGCCGUCAACAACAUACAGAACUCGCAAACAUCGCUCGCCAAUCCUGUGACGGCACCACCAAUACUAGGGCAGCAAGCAAGGUUGGACGUUCAAGGACUUUCCGCGAUCCCAGUAGCCGCAGCCAGAACAUCAUUCUUGGUAAACUCCAUACCCUACGAGCGUUUGCAGCGUCUAGGAAAAGGUGGUUCUUCGACUGUUUACUCCGUCUUGUACUCGGCACCACCGAAAAAGCGUAUCAUCUACGCUUUGAAGGUAGUUCAAUUAGAUCGAGCUGAUUCCGAAACAUACCAGAGUUAUACAAAUGAAAUAGAACUGCUCAAACGGUUACGUGGCCACGACAGAGUAAUCCAGUUGAUAGAUCACCAAAUCACGUUUGGACAGGGGAAUCGGCCUCAUCGGUUGAUGAUGGUGAUGGAAUGCGGAGAGAUCGAUUUUGCCGCUCUUCUCGAUGAACAACGAGGCAAGGCGAUUAAUAUGAAUUUUAUGCUGGAAGCGGUUCAAGCUGUGCACAAGGAGAAUGUGGUACAUACCGAUCUUAAACCCGCGAAUUUCGUUCUUGUCAAAGGACGAUUGAAGAUCAUCGAUUUUGGUAUUGCCAAGGCGAUAGCCAACGACACGGUCAAUAUUCAGCGAGACCAGCAGCUGUCGUAUCCUAGCGAUGUGUGGUCCUUAGGCUGUAUCUUGUAUCAAAUGAUAUACGGUAAUCCUCCAUUCCAGCAUAUUGGCGGUGGACCUCUAGCCAAGAUGCAGGUUAUCGCAAACCCACAACAUGUCAUAGAGUACCCUGAGGUAGCGGUCCCCAAAGCCACCGUCGGAGUUGCUCUUGAUGGACAUCCUAUCGAUCCUGCAUCUCUAGCAGUCUCGAUAGCCCCAGCUGCGAUCGAUACGAUGCAACGAUGUCUUUCAUACCGGAAAGAGCAUCGUCUGACCAUCCCUGAACUACUCCAUCAUGAAUUCUUGAAACCGAAAAUACGAGUCCCGGCUGUUCCACCUGGGUCGACACCCAUCACACAGAAGCAGAUGCGCAUGAUGGUGAAUUUCAUUCUAAGAGAGAAUGGCCUUCCUGAACGCUCUGAUACGGACUAUACAGCUGAAGAUUUGUUUUCGCAAUUACAAGCGCAAAACGCCCUCUCCAAUGGAGAAUGA